ACAAAAUGGCAGCCUCCAUAGAAAUUAUUAUAAAAUGGAGCGGAAAAGAAUAUAAAAUAGCAGAUUUAAACGCCACUGAGACUGUAAAAGAUUUGAAAAUGAAAAUUCAAAAGGAAACGGGUGUUUUAGCUGACAGACAAAAGCUGCUUGGUUUAAAAUCAAAAGGCAAGCCUGCAGAUGAUGCCACACAGCUCAGUGCGCUCAUUUUGAAGCCGGGAGCCAAGAUAAUGAUGAUGGGAACCAGAGAGGAAGAAAUUAGUAAAGUUGUAGAGCCGCCUCCUGAUAUUCCAGACGUUGUAAAUGACUUUGAUAUCGAAGAAGAAGAGGUUGCUGUAGAAAACAGGGAGGAAUUUCUUCAGAAAAUUGAGCGACGAAUCAAAGACUACAAAAUUGAGAUUAUGAAUGAACCCAGAAAAAAUAAGAAGUUGCUUGUUCUGGACAUUGACUACACUUUAUUUGACCACAGAUCAGUAGCGGAGACGGGUAAUGAGCUGAUGAGACCGUUCUUACACGAGUUUCUCACUUCAGCAUACGAAGACUAUGAUAUUGUUAUAUGGUCGGCUACGGGUAUGAAGUGGAUUGAGGCUAAGAUGAAGGAACUCGGAGUGUCAACUCACACAGCUUACAGACUUUGUUUCUACAUGGACAGCGGAGCAAUGAUUUCUGUUGUCACACCCAAGUAUGGGCUUGUUGAUGUGAAGCCGCUGGGAGUGGUAUGGGGCAAGUACCCUCAGUGGGGGCCUCACAACACCAUCAUGUUUGACGACAUACGCAGGAACUUCAUUAUGAACCCACAGUCUGGCCUCAAGAUCCGUCCGUUUCGUCAAGCCCACAUAGCUCGUGAGAAGGACCGGGAAUUACUGAAACUGUCUCGUUACUUAAAGGACAUUGCUCCACUGGACGAUCUCUCAACUCUUAAUCACAGCAGAUGGGAGAAAUAUCGCAGACCAAAGAGAAAACAUGAGGACUCGGACAACGGCAGACACACCAGAGAGGACAAUCAAGGCUCAGGAAACGCUCAGGGAACCAGGGACGGGUCUGACUCACCAGAUACAGCGGCCCCAUGAUGUACAACUUUAUAUAUAAGAGGACAUUUUGGAGUCCCAAAAAAUGUAAAAGGGCAUAUUAUCAAAAGUAUGCUGCUACAAACUGAAGAUAUUAAUUACUUCACAUGAAGUAAGACAAUUUAACAGUGGUUACCAAUCCAUGAUACCCCUUAUUUUGAAACAUGGAGUGCUAUUUUGUUUCAUGACAUUCAUCAUGUGAAAUGAUUGGAUGAUAACAUUCUGAAUUAAGCAUUUACAAAAAUAAUUCUCAUAGAGUUGGAGGUCAAAGAAAUGUUAUUGUUUUUUUAUUAGAAUCCGAUGAGCUUCUUUAUUUUAUUAUGAUAGUUGAUGCGAACUUAUUUUAUCAUGUCUAAGCAAUUUUACAUUUAUUGUUAGGACUGUUAAUCACAUGUUCACUUGCACAUUUUCACUUGCACAUUUCAAACAUCAUUUUGUUCAUACUUUUUGCACCUUAAGUAGUUUAUUCUUAAGUUCAAGUUCCAACAUUUAUUUAUUAGUGGGUAUGGCAAGACCAUAGAACAUAAGCUAUUGACCGACUAGCAUCGCUUUUGACCAACUAGCAUCGUAUUUGACUGACUAGCAUACAUGUAGCUAUUGGUUGACUUGCAUUGCAAUUGACCGACUAGCAUCCCUGUUGACUGACUAGCAUUUUUUUUGACUGACUAGCAUACAUGUAGCUAAUCGCCAACUAGCAUAGCUAUUAGCUGUCUAAACUCACCAGGCUUGAAAAUGAAAAUAUCUUAGGCUUACAUUUGUAAUGAUAAGGCACAAUUUAUAUAUUGAUUUUCUAAGGAAUUGCAUUCUUCUAGUAGUAUUUUUGAAAACUGUUAUACAUAGGACUUUGUUGCGACUUUUGAAGAAAAAACAAUAAAGAUUGGAAAUAUACAGGUGUCAGUCCACGUUCACAUAUGGUGCUCUUCUUUGGAGUAAAUGAAUGCAUUUGAAACUAUCAUUGUUGUGUUUAUUAUUUGUUCAAUAAAUGAAUAAAACUUAA